AUGUUUGAUCAGUCGAGCGGUCAAGUCUUCAAGGAAUGGACCUUGUCCCGCAACGCGAUAUCGCCCAGCGGCGACGGCCUCGACUGGUCCCGGCGACGGCCCUAUCCACUGUUUCAACCACGGGGGACGCGAGGCCCGCGCUCGCUCCUCGACACCUCCAUCAACGUCAUCGCCAAUAACAUCGGAGACAUCACCGCGGAGCACCUUGAGGGCAUACCCGACCGUCUGCAGUGGCACAUUUGGCGCUUUCUCGAAGCGAGGGGGGUAUGCCUGCACGCGUGGAAGCUCUUUUCCAAACUGCUGUUGCAGGAAGGCGACGACAGAACCCUCGGCCUCUACAGAUUCAGGCAACACAUCUGCAGACCGGUGGAAGAGCUCAGCAGCUACACGCAGCCCCUGACAUCGCUCACCUUCGACUUCAUCACUCACCUCGUCAUUGCUGGCGGCUGCGAAUUCAGCACCAACGAGCUGCUCUGCCUCACCAGCAUCAAGAACCUUGGCGUCCUCGAGCUUAUCCAACCUGCUGAUGAGGUCUGUGCUGUCUUCUCACAGGUCAAUGACCGGCUUAUCCGUGGCUGGACCGAAAUGGAAGACCCGUUCCCGUUGCUACGAAUCCUUCGCAUCUGGGGUGACCAUGGCAUCACACAGAAGUCACUUCGGCUUGUGUCCAAAUUCCCUGCCCUCGCCAUGUAUGACAUCUUGGGGUCAAGAGAAGACUGGCCAAGUCCGGGUGAGCAAGCACAUGUCCACGGCUGGGAGUUGGCGCAGCCUGUAUCUGGCCUGGAAGACUCUCUGCUACGAUACUUGAUGCUGCUCGCUCCAAUAGAGGACACGCGCAACGUCAACCUCCGGGAACUAGCUCGCAGCGUCGAUACCGACCUUGUGUCCCUAUGCAGCGACUCACUCUGCGUUGUCAAGUUUAUGCCCGAUCGUCAGGCACCCGCCCUCCUCGACUAUCUUACCGACGCAGCGAAAGUUGACACGCCAGUAUGGGACCCGGACGCCGCCUCCAGAGACUCUAGGUCCUGUCACGAUGUGGCUUUUGAGCCCUGGGCCUUUUGGCUCUAUUCCUUCAUCGGACAGAUUGGCCAAGAUAGGGACCUGGAAAGCAAAAGCGUUUGCCCAGACUUGCAGGCGGCCGUGGGCCCCUUCGUCCUACCGUCCAAGCCCAUGGCUUGCCUGUUUCUUGGCCACAGCGGACGAGGAGGCAUCACUUCGAAGCCAUCUUACGUUAGUCGCGGCUUGUUCUCUACGACGCGACAAACCUUCACGCGACCGAGCGUGGUAUACAGCCACCGCGAAGCCGAAAAUCACGUAUCGCAACGUGAAGAAUUGGAUAAGACGGAGCCCGAGCGCUUGGAGCCAUCUCUUCGAAGGCAGAAGAGGCAAAGACUGGACGACUUCCUGAAGUCGUUCUCAACGUAA